UCCCGUCGGCCUUCGCGUCAUAGUGUCAAUAUGGCGUCUGUCUGCCGGACAAAAGGCGAAUCUGUCUGACGGCGGAUUGAAACCCAAUUAGAAGCAGGGGGGAGACAUUUUGGGAAAACUGUGACAGUCCCCGAGUCUCUGCGCUCCGAGGCGGCAGAUAUAUGCUCAAACUAACAUCUGUGGAGGCUCUCGGACUGGAAUAAGGAUGUUCCAGCAGAGUGAGGAGCCUCGCUUCACCAUCGAACAGAUCGAUCUCCUCCAGAGGCUCCGACGGACCGGCAUUACUCAGGUGGAGGUCCUCCACGCCCUGGACACGCUCGAUCACCUGGACCAACAGAAUGACCACAAGCAGGCCCGCAAAGCUUCCUACCUGCCGCCCUCGUCUUCCUUGUCUUCCUCCAACUCCGUCUCUGCCUCUUCGUCCACCACUUGCGCCUCCACUCAGACGGUUUUUCCGGACAAUCGACUCUCCCUGUCACCUGGCAACAACUUGGACACCGCCUCCCCGCCUCUGCCGGUCCCGACAGCCUCGCCGGUUGUUGUCCAGAAUGGACUUGGCGCCGUCGCCAACGGGAAGCUUUCUCCGCCGCGGUUUCCUCUGGUCGGAGGCAGCGUGACUGCACCGGGCUUUGGGUUUGAGGCCAGUGAGGAAGACUUGGAUCUGGAUGAUAAAGUGGAGUUCUUGAUGAGGAGGGACAGCAGUGUGAUCAAAGAGGAGAUCAAGUCCUUCCUGGCGAACAGACGGAUCUCCCAGGCCGUGGUUGCUCAGGUAACAGGGAUCAGUCAGAGUCGGAUCUCCCACUGGCUCCUCCAGCAGGGGUCGGACCUCAGCGAGCAGAAGAAACGGGCCUUCUUUCGCUGGUACCAGCUGGAGAAGACGAACCCCGGCGCCACUCUGGCCAUGCGGGCGGCCCCGCUGGCUCUGGAGGAUAUGAUGGACUGGCACCAGACCCCCCCACCGUUCGCCUCGGCCCCUGGGGGCUUCCGGCUGAGACGGGGCAGCAGAUUCACCUGGAGGAAGGAGUGUCUGGCUGUCAUGGAGAGCUACUUCAGUGAUAACCAGUAUCCCGACGAAGCAAAGAGGGAGGAGAUUGCCACUGCCUGCAAUGCUGUCAUUCAAAAACCAGGAAAGAAGCUGUCUGAUUUGGAGAGAGUUACGUCUCUCAAGGUCUACAACUGGUUCGCCAACCGCCGUAAAGACAUCAAGAGGCGUGCCAACAUAGAAGCAGCCAUCUUAGAGAGCCAUGGCAUCGAGGUCGAAAGUCCAGGAGGCCAGUCCAACGGCGACGAGGUGGACGGCAACGACUUCCCUGACCAGGGUUGCGACGUGUCCCUGUUUGACAAGAGAGCUUCGGCCAGGCAGUUUGGCUUUAGUCGAGCUGACCUGUCCUCUCCCACCCAGGUUCCGCCGCAGCUGCCCAGCUGGUUCUCCGCCCUGGCCAGGGGAGGCCAGCGGGGCGCCUCGCUGAUCGGUCGCUCCCUCCUGUCGGGGGCGGGCUCUCAGGCAGAAGGAUCCAGAAUGACGGGCGCGUCCUGGUCCCCCCCGUCCCCGUCCCUCCAGGACGACACCGGCCUCCACGUCGUGCUCUCCGAACCGCAGGACCCGGCGACGUCGGAGAAGACGGCGGCCGGCCGCGGCAGCCCGGCCUCAGCCAAUCAGGCGGACGCGGGGAAUCAGAUCAAGACAGAAAGCGUGGAUGACGACUGACGGAGGGGGAAACCCCGUCACACGCUGGAGCCGUCAGAACAGGUGUCCAUUAUAUGCAAGCAGAUUUUAUAGGAAUGUUAUAAGUGAACAAAAAGACCAAACGUUGUGUAAAACUCCAACCCUGAGAUACCUCCCAACCCUACCUCCAACCACCAACCUACUCUUCUACACUCGUAUAGCUGUUAAUAGUGUAAUAUGAUGAUAACGACGAACCUUUAUACUUUAGCCGUCUCUGGCCAUCCGCGGGAGAUUCAAACGUGCGUCUCAGAUCAGAUCCUGCAAAGAAAAGUCGGUUUCUCCGACGCUUCCAGGGAAAGGGCCCGAAUGGUCCCAGGCGAUUUCUUUGCUGGGUUGUUUUCGAUUGGGGAUCGGUUUAAAUCUUCCCCGGAUGGCCGUCCAGCGGGACACGAAGCCUCGCGUCCGCAGAGAAGACUGCAUCACUCACAGCAGGGCUACGCUGUAUUUGGCUUGGGAAUCAAACGCUUUCAGGGGUCUUGCACUGUGAUUUCAACUGAACAGCCUCAGUGUAUACGAAUAUAAAAAUGAGCUUCAUGGUUUUCUUUUUUUUUUCCUUUUCUUAUUUUUACUGAAUCUUUUAUUUUGAUCGUCGUCGCAUUUCACGCCAGAUUUCUGGCAGAUGAAUCCUUGUAGGCACAGAACAAGCUUGAGGUCGCAGCAGUUUUUAUGAUAAUGAAAAGUAAUUAUCUUCAGAGAGGCAGAAGCAGAAUAAUCCCCCCCCAACCCCGCAGAGUAAGCUUAGUAUAUAAUAACUAAAAUGGCUAUAAAAUAUAGACACAUUUAAGGAGUGUCUUGGUUGACAUGCCUUUGCAAUAUAUUCACAACCCUUGAAGCUUUUCCCGUUUAGUCAGAUUACAACCACUAUAUUUAAUGUUGUUUUAUUGGGGUGUUAAUGCACCUAUUUACAAAUUUGUGCCAAUAUUGAUGUCUGAUAUAUUAAUAAUGCUGCUAUGGCCGAUAAAUGAUAUUAGCCAAUAUUUAUAUGUCAGGGUUUCUCCCAGAAAACUUGCUACGCUCGGGGCGCUAGGGCAGUCAUCCUGCAGUCAUCCCGGCAUAUUGUUAGGGUAAAACAUGUUUAUGGUUGACAGGAAAUUUGAAAGUAUAACUUUAUAGUUAUGCGUUAUUGGAAGACUGAAAAAUUAAUACCUAAACACCAACUAUAAAGUCUUUAAAAAAAGGCAAUCAUUAAAAAAAAACUCAAAUAAAUUAAGAAUGCUCAGCCUGGUGGGGGCAUAAGGAAAGCCUGGUGGCCCGCCAGGCUUAUAAUACACUGAGGGAAACCCUGUAUUUCAUGACGUCGCUCUGAGCCCGGAGCAUGGAAAUGGACUGAAUAGGUCUACCCUUAUGGAUGAGGCACAUCGUCACAGAUAUCCUGAUUUUUUUUAUUUAUUUACCCCCUGCCCCAAUAUCAGAACAGGGUAGUGGCGGUGUCAUGCUCUGGAUGUUUUUUUUUAUAUAUCCUCCAGAAACAGGAAAGUCGAUCAGAGUUGCUCAUAACACUACAAUUUGUUGGUCCAUCACAUAAAAUUCCCCAUAAAUACUCUGCCAUUUGUGGCUGCAACCAACACAAUGUAAAAGAAAAGAAAAAGAUCUUGGGAUGUGAAUACAUUUGCAAGGCAACGCAUAAAAUCUAACGCUAAAUAUAGUUUAAACAUUUUUUCACUGACUUUCAAAUAUGAAAGCGGUUUUUCUUUUUUUUUUUUUUUUUUAAGAGUCUAACUUUCAGACUUUAUUUUUUUUAUUUUCUUCAGCUGACUUGAGAGACUUUAUUUUUUUUAAUGCACUGCUUCCACAUGCCCGUCAGAAACUAAAUAGGAAUUUAAGCUGCAUUAAAAACAGCUGCUCAGAGUAUUUUAAGGCUAUAAAUUUAAGCGAUAUUUAUGAACGUGGUAUUCAGUAGAUAUAAAAAAAUAAAGACUCAGUAUUCACUUCUUAGAUUUUAUUGCGACUCAAAGAAAGCCAAAACUACAGACGUUUGUAUAUAAUAUAGCCAUGUAAAGCGACUUUUGAAGUUCGGUCGGUUAUUAUUUAUUCAUUUUUGUGUCCGAGAAUGAUUGAUCACUGUGAGAUCUGCCUUCGACGUAGACGAGUCGGUUGGGAUGGAUUCAGCCCAUUUUAGAAGCUACAAACAAAAAGUGAGCUGAAAACGUACACAAACCGUGUAAGUAGGUGUGUGCGCGUGCGCACACACACACACACACACAUCCACCCAUAUGGUAUACUUUAUGUAACAAUAUAUAAACAUAUAAGCAUCUAUCGAGAGGAACUAUCAGCCUGAGUGAGUGUUGUCGGUGAAAGGUGCGUGGAACAUUAGCCAAAGUAUUGAGUUUUGUUAUCGGUGUAUUUUUGACAUGUGCUAUAGUUACGGAUGGCUCUAAACAAAAGAGACGUGCUAAUCAGAAAGGCGCAUCAGAUGUGUCAAAUAAUCAUGUGAAUUACAUCAUCUUCCUAUUUUUGUUUUAUCUUUCGUUUUUAAUUAUCUUUUUUUUUUUUUUUGGUAUAUCUGUGCUUCCUCUGGGUAUGCCAUGUGUUUUAAACACAUACUGCCACAAAUUAGUUGUGUUGAUCUGUUUUUUUUGUUUGUUUUGUUUUAGUGACACUUUAUUGAAUACGAUGGUGCUUAGAGUCCCAGCUGUUUGUAACUUUUAGCGAUCACUUUGAGUGAACGAUAGAGCAGCAGCAGUAGGAAGAGAAAAAUAAUGGUUGCUAACCUCCCUCAGUUUCUCUCUCUCUCAGUUUACUCCACUGAUGAAUGCUAUCAAAUUAACUACACUGAGAAGCGCUUCAGCUCUUAAAAACAUAUAUUGAGAGAAAAAAAAAGUUUAAUAUAAUACCUGAACGUACAGCCGUUGUGGAAGUCUGCCAUAUUUUUUAGCUUCUUGUCAAACAUCUGGUCCAUUCUUACUCAAUAUGCAGCUUACAAGCUAGUUUAAAACUCUGCAUUUCUUUUAAUGACCACCAGAGGGCAGAUUUGGGUGAAGCGACGCCCCAAACAAAGCACUAACAUUUUAUUAUGGCGCCAUUGUAACAAAUGAUGAGGAGGGAGCUCAUUAUUAAAAAGUGCAACACUGUAAAGAACAAAAAUACAUAAUAAUACUGGUAACAGUAUUAGAGGUCUAAAGCUGUCUGGCCUGGGAAGUUAUGGUCACUGGUUGGUUGUUAAAAAUCAAGUCGAGCUGUUUUAGCAAGUUAUUUACUGUUCACAAAACUACAUACAAAACCAGCAGAGAAAAACAACAGUGUUACUGGUUUAGAGUCACUGCUACAUAACUAGAUUCUCAAAGAGAGGUUUUUUUUUUUUUUUUUUUAAUAAAUGAGUCUUGUUGCCAAUAAGAACGGAAAUUUCAAGCUGCAGUUACAAUAAUAACGGUGCUCAUUUUUGCCGUAACGACCCGGUUGCUACAGGUUACCGUUUUAUGAUUCUUUCCAAACACCCAAACACUGCUGUAGCUCACAGAUGUAUGCUCACUUAGGUUGUUUUUUUUUGUGACUGGCGCACUUUGUGGUGGUUGUUAAACAACUCGGUGCACUACCUAACGGAGCAAAGGAGUAGUGAAGAGAAAGCCCACCCAGCUGUGCGCCAAUCGUUUGGCAGUCGGCUAAAAAAAGGCAUGAAAAGGUCAGAAUACUAAAUGUGGGCUAGAUUUCUACUUGGCUCCUAUUUUUAUUUUUAAUGGGAGCUCCAAGUUGUUCCUGACCUUUCUAAAAAGUCCUACAUCCUCUACCGCUGGGAUGAAACACUUGGUUUGGGUUAAAGUGUGAUACAGCCGGCCCGAAUCAUUAUCGUCUUUGCACCAAGGGAUUCCUAAGUGAAAGUAAAAUGGAUUUUACCAAGGGCAACUUGAGCAGGAAAACAGAUGUAAAAUGCUAGGUGGUUAUGCAAUGAAUUAUGCUUCACAACAUCUUGAUUCAGUUAGAAGUUAUAAGAAUAUAGUCCUAGUUUGUAACUGAAGUGGCAACUUAGUUUACAGUUUCAAAUAAUGAGCUAAGAACUUUAACGAUUUAAUAAUAAACUGGGGGGUAAGCCAGUUUGGGUUGGAAAAAAGUGGCAAAUUUGACUGGAAAUGCACCGAUUAUUCAGCCAGAGGUCGGAAUCGGCUGAUUCAAUAGUAAAAAAAAAAAAAAAAAACUUUUUCCCCCCUAAUCAUCAUUGAGAUACGUCAAAAGUAAAAACUCCCACCAUUAAACACAACCUGCUGCUUGUGCCUUGAUGGACUUUUUGUAUUUAGCUAAAAGUAGAUAAAUGCUAGAAGCUAACAAUUUUAAGAAAUAAUGGAUAGUUUUAGAUUUACUUUACUUUGUCAAAUCAAAAUGGUGACCACUAACAAAGAACCAUCAAUCCUUAACCUUAAAGUUCAAACCGGAAUCAGCAGGUAAAGUGCAAAUCGCUUCAUUUCAAGUUUUAGCAAGUCUUAAUUUUUGUAUUUCGAUUAUCAGAUGUUUUAGUAUGUUUUUGAGCAAACGGGCUUCUGUAAUGGCCGUACAUUCAAAGCAGUUCAUCGUUUUUCAGUGAUGUAAAGGCUGACGUCUUAUUUUAGAGUUAAACUUUGACACGGAUACCUCAGACACUCCAUGUCAGCUAGAAGCUACUCCUCAAACGUUACUCUGCUGCUGCUGCUUCCACUUUUUUUUUUUUUUUUUUUUUUUUUUUUAGACUUUUAAAAGAAAAACCAGAUCAGAGAACGGUCUCGCUGUCGGAAAACUGUGAUGAAGUUCUUUUUUUUUUUUUUUUUUAAAAAACAAAACAAAAAGUAAAGAAAUGUGAUGCUGGGGGAAACUGCUUCUCUAAGUAGGUUGAAUAAAUAUAAAACUGAUCGUAAAGGGAAGUUCUGCUCCAGUAAAUCAGUUGUUCAAAUCCUUCCUAAUUUGGGAGAUUUUAACACGAAUCUUCAGUGUUUUCGGUGAUGGACUGUUUCCAUUUUGGUGACAGCAGAGCUGUCCGUCUUUGCUUUAAGCGUUAGUGGCAUUAUCAGUUAUGUAGCUCUCUGUCAUCUUUUUUUAUUAUUAUUAUUAUUAUUUACACUAAAAACCUUUUCUUUUUGGUUUAAAUCUGCCCAGCAGAAACCUUUGUGAAAGGAAGCCAGUCGUUAGUUUAGGAAAACAAAAUCUGCUGUCAUGAGAUUAUUUGAAUCAUUUCAUCCGCUGCCUACGUGGCAGACUUACUGGGGUCUGGUGUUGCCAUUUUGAAAUUAUUCAAACUAAAGGACAUAUACUGUAUCUGUUGAAAACAGGAGAGGACUACAUGGAAGGGAUCUGAGCAAACUGGUUUUAGAUUAUGGGAUCUUUCCUCAUCGUGUUAAAAAAAAGAGUAGAUUGUUCAUUCAGAACACGUUGUGUUGCAGAAAUAGACAAAUUACUGAUUUAUUUGCCAGUAUUUAAAAUAAGCUAACCCCUCCUUUUCCUCCCCCAUCGGCUUCCUGUUUUCAGCCUCAACCUGUUUUCAUUCUGUCGAUUUAGGUUCUGUGUCCUGAUGACCGUUUUGUGCCAGAACGUGAUGUAAUCACUGAGUUGUUGUGAAAAGAAAACCCUCUUCCAGAGGUUUUUGCUCUUCCAGUUCUGUCUGAUCUGUAUUGAUGUUUGUCGAGUCUUUUAUUUUUUUCUUUUCUCCCUCAUUUGUACAAAUGCAGGUCAACAUCUGCCUUCAAUCAUGUUUAUUUCUGAACAUUCUUCAGAUGAAAACAGUUUUCUAUGUGUACAUCUUUCAUGCGGUUGUCAUUUACUGUGUGCUCUCCGGCCUUAAAUCUUCUCAUCCCAUUAGCCAGGGACUGGAAACGCUACACUUCUUCUAGCAGUUUUAGAAAAAAAACGAUGGUCCAUCGGUCUGGCAAUAAGCUCUUCAACACAUCUCUGUAAAACAAAAAUAUAAAACCUCAACUGGAUGGAUGUUGGAUCAGAUUUUUUUUUAUUAUUUUUGUUUUUUUUAAAUCCCCUUGUUCAUUUCUAUUUCAAGAUUUAGUGCCUUUUUUGGACAAGUAGACUGUUGUGUAAUUGCUAUGUAGAAAAUCUACAUAUGCCUUUUGUUACUUUUUCAUCUGUUCAAUAAACCUUGAUUUGUUAUUUUAAGGUGUGUUUUUAUCGAUAUUCUAUUUACAAGGGAAUAAAAGCUGAUCAAACUCGA